AGAAAAACAUAAACUAAGGGUUCACGGUUGUGCUAAGCUAACCAGUGGCGUUUAAAGUUAAUGAUUUAAAUAUGUGGAGGAACAGCUCGACUCCAGGAGCUGCACUCAGAACCUUUAAAAUCUUUAUUGACUGGAGGAAACAAGCUUUGAUGAGGAGUAAAGUCAAAGUGCGCCGAAUCUGUGAUUUUGUUCGCGACUCAGCAGCUCGACCUUCGUGGAAAAUCCUGUUUUUUGGCUCAGAUCAUUUUGCUGUGGAAUCUCUAAAAACCUUGAUGUCCAGCAGGAGGUCUGCUGAAGGAUUAGUGGAGGCACUUGAAGUUGUUAGUUUGCCUGGUGAUGUGCCUGUGAAGAGGUUUGCGCAAGAGAACCACCUUCCAGUCCACACAUGGCCCCCUGAGGUUACAGAAGGACAGUUUGAUGCUGGAGUGGUUGUGUCUUUUGGAUGUUUAAUCCCAAAGAGACUCAUCCAGCAGUUUCCAUAUGGGAUUCUGAAUGUUCACCCCAGCCUGCUGCCAAGGUGGCGAGGUCCGGCGCCAGUCGUCCACACCAUCAUGCAUGGUGACAUUAUUACAGGAGUCACAAUCAUGCAGAUAGUCCCCCGCAGGUUUGACGUUGGCCCCAUUCUCAACCAGGAGGUCCAUGAGGUUCCUCGGGACUGUACAGCUGAUGAACUUGGACGUGAUCUAGCCAUUAAAGGUGCUCAUCUGCUCAUUGAGACACUGAAGACAUUACCUGAGAGAAUUGAAAAGAAGACAGAGCAAAGCCAAACCGGUGCUACAUUUGCCCCAAAAGUCAACAGCUCCAUGGGCUGGCUGGUGUGGGAGGAACAGACCUGUGACCAGAUCGACUGUCUAUACCGUGCCAUUGGAUCACGGAUACCUUUGAGGACCACAUGGAAGGGCACGACAGUAAAACUGAUGGAUUUUGUUGGGAAAUGCAACAUUUCAUCUUCAGAUGGGAGGACAGUGACCCCUGGAGCUGUGAGUUAUCAGAGCAACUUGAAUGUCUUGGCUGUCCGCUGUAAGGAUGGCUGGGUGGGAUUCAGGACGGUGAUCCUGAAGAAACGUCUGACAGCUGCUGACUUCCACAACGGCUAUCUGCACUGGACACUGAAGAAGCCCAAUCCAACAGCAGAGGAUCUCUUUGUCAGCAAGCAAAGCCAAGAAGGAAAAUCUGCAUACUUGAAGGACGACAAUGGGAUGAAGACAUGAAACACAGACUCAUUGCAUGUACAGUUUUUUUAUUAUUAAAUUAUUUUUUCUCAAA